AGCUGCAGUGUCUCAGGAAGCAAGCUUGAUUCGGCCAGGUUGUUGUUAAUCCUUUACCUUAAUCUUUCGAGCACGCACACGUGAGCUUAGCGCGCAUCUUCAUCUAUUUCAAUUUCUAUUCAUUUUACGUUUCUCUUCUUCCAUCCUUGUACUCACUUACACAGAUACGCAAACGAGCGCAGGCACGACCCACAAUCAAAAGAAAAAAAAACUAUCUCACAAACCUAAACACACAGCCGUUUUCUUUCAGCGUCAUGAGCACCUAUCAAGUUGUCCGUGACGCGAAGAAGGAGUUCGAGACGUCGUGCCGCGUCUACGACAGCGCACUGCUCACCUUCAAGGGCGUGGACGGGAUGGAUGUGUACAACUGCUCCGUCCCCUUCAAGUACAAGGGCACGACACACAUCUUUGGCCGCAUUGAGAAGCGCGAGGAGUGGGCCGCCUCGCACGUACGCCUAUUCGUGGAGACCGGCAAGGAUGAGUUUACGGUGGUGCCGGACGGGAUGACGUGGCUGAUCGAGGACCCGUUUGUUCAAAGGAUUAAGGGAGAGCCGGUCUUCGGUGGCACGCGCGUGCGCAAGUCCAGUGGCCGAGUCUUCAACUACUACUCCGACUUCUUCCGCGGCGGCAUCGAGCAGAACCUGUACUUCGCCUCGGGUCCGGACAACAUGAAGGACAUCCGCGUCGUGGAGUUGGCGGACGGCCGCAUCGGUGUCUUUUCGCGCCCCAAAACCGACAUCUACUCCUGCAUCGGCUUUACCAUCAUCAACGAACUGGGCGAGCUGACACAGCGAGUAAUUAAUGAAGCGGAGCCGCUUAAUGUGCUGCACGCCGGUUCGUGGGGUGGCGUGAACCAGGCCUAUCUGCUCUCCACUGGCAAGGUGGGCUGCAUUGCGCAUUACAGCUACAACGGCAAGGACGAUAAGGAACGCCCCACCGCGGUUUACCUCAACUAUUCUUUUGUGCUAGACCCCAACACGAGGGAGGCGGAACUGGAACGAAUUAUUGGUACCCGUAGCUGCUAUCCAGACUUCCCGAUCAAGGCGGACAAGCUGAUCGACUGCGCCUUUUCCUCCGGCAUCGUGAUGCGCGAGGAUGGCAAGUGCGACCUCUACAGCGGCCUGGGCGAUGCCGGCGAGGGCCGCAUCACCAUCGACUACCCGUUCGAAGGGUGCGGCGAGAUCGUCGAUACCCUCUCCUUUUAG